UCAACGUACCGGAUGUUGAUACAGAAUCCGCAGGAACAGCUGUGAGAGAACAACAAAGCGACAACGAACCCAACAGACUUCAGGGAAGAAAAUAAUUAACGUGGAAAAGGACGCCUUAGCUACAACUAGCUAAAGCCCAACUAGUCGAAAAGUCUUUAAACGAGAGCAGCAUUAACCCUCUCCUUCCCUUUGGUCCUGUAGGUGAGUGUGUACUGAAGCAUGGGGCGGAUCUUCCUGGACCACAUCGGGGGCACACGCCUCUUCUCCUGUGCCAACUGUGACACCAUCCUGACCAACCGCUCAGAACUCAUCUCCACCCGCUUCACCGGAGCCACCGGCCGAGCAUUCCUCUUCAACAAGGUGGUGAACCUGCAGUACAGCGAGGUGCAGGACCGCGUGAUGCUGACGGGCAGACACAUGGUGCGAGAUGUCAGCUGUAAGAACUGCAACAGCAAGCUGGGCUGGAUCUAUGAGUUUGCCACCGAGGACAGCCAGCGCUACAAGGAGGGCCGCGUCAUCCUGGAGAGAGCACUCGUCAGGGAGAGCGAGGGUUUCGAAGAGCACGUCCCCUCUGACAACUCCUGAGUUGAUGCUCAAAAUACUCGCUCACCCCCACGCCCCUGCCCUAACCCUCCAAAGCCCCAAGCUCAUUAUUCCAGACACUAGUCAAUAGUCUUGGCUCCACCCACAGCUUUGACCAAGCUAUGACUUUUUGACCUCUCCUGAUUGGCUGGAUCUCUUGAUGCUGUGUUGGCCUCUCCUAAACCCCUCCCUCUUUCAAAGACCACCUCCUGUCACCUAGAGACAUCGACGGGCCCGCUUUCACAUAGCUAUGGACUCCAUGCACACGUGCACACAUUCACACAGGAUUUUGAACACAACUACACACACUGCAAGGCACACACACUCAUAUUUACACACUUGACAUGCUCACAUGCAUGAUUAGUAGAUAUAUUCACUGACUCUGGAUAUUUUGUCAACUUUACAGCUGCAGUCACUAUAACUCCCUCCCAGUGCUGUUAGUACUGUGUAUCCUUAUCCUCUAUCUGGCUGCUGUGCCUGUGCGUGCAUUGUGAAGACCUGCUUGUUGCGAUGCACAUCCCCACAAGUCCUUCCUUCUGUGUGUGAGGAGGGGGGAGGCAGGUAGGUUAGUGGGUAAGAGCGUUGUAACCGAAAGGUCGCUGGUUCUAACCCCGAGCCG